CUUGAACGUUUCUACUUCCGGUUCACUUGACGCAACUUCUGUGUACCCUAUGGGUCCUGAUGUUCUUUCGUGUUCCCUUCUAACCAAACGAACUCCUUGAAAGCAUUCUCAUCGGGCAAGUACCCAAAUGGGACUGACUGAAGCCCAAAGAAUCGAGACGUGGAUGACUAGGAGAGGAAAUCCAGGCUACGAUGAGCAACUGAAAACCGAAAUAAAAUGAGGAGUCUCACAGGUGUCACCGUAACAGAUCUUCACCUUGAGAAGCACAAUCCCCUCCAUGUUAAACAGGAGAAGGAGUCUGACAUGCCGUCGAUCAAACAGGAGGCGGAGCCAGAGACCCCUGACAUUAAAGAAGAAAAACAGGAAGUUGAAAUCUUCAAGUUUCCAAUGGGUUUCAGUGUAAAGAGUGAAGAAGACAAAGGUCCAAGCAAUGACAGCGGAGCAGCGAAACCUUCGAGCGACAGCUCAUUUCAGCACUUGACAGCAAAAGGAGAGCAACCAGACGGCCUCUUAGCUCCGCUUUCGGACAGCGACGACGUAACGUCACAUUCUUCGGACUUUAAUACUGAUGAGGAGGAGGAUGACUUUGACCAAAAUGCUUCAAAAUCCUUAGACAAAUCACCAUUGAAAAGAGACGCAAAAGAAGGCACGGUUGAGAAACCUUUUCACUGCUCACUUUGUGGUAAAACAUUUCCUUGGAGAUGCAACUUAGACGCACACAUGCAUACUCACACUGGAGAGAAGCCUUUUGCCUGCACAGUUUGUGGUAAAAGAUACUUGACGAGGGGAAAUUUAAACAUUCACACAAGAAUACACACUGGAGAGAAGCGUUUUGUCUGCACACUUUGUGGUAAAGGAUUCAUUCAGAAGGGACAAUUAGUAUUGCACACAAGAAACCACACUGGAGAGAAGCCUUUUGCCUGCACACUUUGUGGUAAAAGAUUCCCUGUGAAGGAUAGUUUAGACAAACAUACACUAAUCCACACUGGAGAGAAGCCUUUUGUCUGCACGUGUUGUGGUAAACGAUUCACUCAGAAGGGACAAUUAGUGGUGCACACAAGAAACCACACUGGAGAGAAGCCUUUUGCCUGCACACAUUGUGGUAAAAGAUUCACUGUGAAGGAUAGUUUAGACAAACACACACAAAUACACACUGAAGAGAAGCCUUAUGCCUGCACAUUUUGUGGUAAAAGAUUCCUCAGGAAGGGAGAUUUAAACAAACACACAAGAACACACACUGGAGAGAAGCCUUAUGCCUGUACACUGUGUGGUAAAAAAUUCAUCCGGAAGGGAGAUUUAAACAAACACACAAUCACACACACUGGAGAGAAGCCUUUUGUGUGCACCUGUUGUGGUAAAAGAUUUACUCGGAAGGGACAAUUAGUAUUGCACACAAGAACACACACUGAAUAGAAGCCUUAUGCCUGCUCACUUUGUGAUGAAAAAAAUACUCCACGAAGGCAAAUUUGAACAUUCACACAAGAACACACACUGGAGAGAAGCCUUUUGCCUGCACACUGUGCGAUAAAAGAUUUUCUCAGAAGACUCAUUUCGAAAUACAUAAGCGAAAUCAAACUGAAAUACAUAAUGAUUACAUAAUGAUAUGAAAUGACAUAAAGAACGAAAUGAUUUUUCAGGUGCUGUUCUUUUUCACAACUAUCCAAUUUAUAUGGCAGAAAACACACACAAGGCUGAAAAAGCAGUUUCUGCUCUUGCACCAGUCUUUUCAAUGAACUGCAGUAUUUUAAGCCAAAACAACUGUUGUGUUUGAUAGAACAAUAUUGUCAGGGAAGUUCACAUUCUAAGACAAGUAUUAACAGAUAGCUCAAAAUGUAUGGAGGUAGAUUUUGGUCUUUAUUAUUCAAUUUAAAAAAAAAUGCUUCAAUCAAA